AAGAAAAUUCACACGUGCGAUGGCAUACGUGUGCCAAAAUAGGAAGCGAAAAGCAGAUAAGGCUCUUUUCCACUGUCUUCCCUCCAUUUUCUCCGAGUAACUGAGAGUUUGCUGCAGCUAUGGCGAUGAGCUUUCAUCGUCUUCCUCAGGCAUUGCAUAUGAUACCCAGAAACCCUACGCAAUCAUCGAAGAAUUUAGGGUUUUCUUCGUUUCUAUCGUGUGCACCAUCGAUGGAUUCUCGUAUAUCAGUUUCUAGGCUUUCUCUGAAUCAUCCCGGCUCGAAAUUUGGGUUCUCACUCGAUACUAGGGUGAGAAAUGAGUUUAUCGUUAGAGCAGAAGAAGGUAACACAGAAGCUGAAUCUGAAGAAUUUGUUGCUGAAAUCGCUGAUACGGAAGGAAAUGUAGAGGAAGUGGUCGAAGCUAAACCUACAAGAAAACCUAGGAUCAAGCUCGGAGAUGUCAUGGGGAUACUGAACCAGAAAGCAAUUGAGGUAGCAGAGAAAGUGAGACCUGUUCCAGAAAUCAGGACAGGAGAUAUUGUAGAAAUCAAAUUGGAAGUUCCUGAGAACAAACGUAGGCUAUCUAUCUACAAAGGCAUAGUGAUGUCGAGACAAAAUGCAGGCAUACACACUACCAUUCGUAUUCGGAGAAUUAUUGCGGGUAUCGGUGUUGAAAUUGUGUUUCCCAUAUACUCUCCCAACAUCAAAGAGAUAAAAGUGGUGAGUCACAGGAAAGUAAGAAGAGCAAGGCUUUACUAUCUGAGGGACAAGCUUCCUCGUCUGUCCACUUUCAAGUGAACACCAUCCACCGUGCUGUGUUUGACCUCCAGAGGUAGUAAUCUUCCGCAUUGUGCUCUUUUUUUGUAAGAAUUGUUUCUUUCUUUCUUUUUUUUAAGCCUGUAAGUCAUUCCCUGCACAUUUUCUGAGAAAGUAAAUUAAGAUUAGUUGAACUUCCGGUUGAUGGAUGUAGACCUGUUCCUUGUUUGAUAAUGAAUGAUAUAUGGCUUAGGAUGACCUAAAGUCCAUACUUUAAUAGAAACUAUGUAUGAAUGAGUCUGUGUUCUGUGCAUAUGUUGUUUGGUGUGUCUUGACUCUUGAGGGUCUUCAGGAACAAAAACAGAAGACAUGUUCUCGUCUUAUUUCUUUUGGGACUUCGUCUCAACUAUUCGAAUCUUGAAUUUUGAUCUUGUGAAGGUGGAACCCAACUUUUUAUUAUUAAAUUACCCUAA